GACGAGAAAAAUCAGCAGUUUCAUUGAUAACGCGCAACGAAUUGGAUCUCAGACAUACGCCGUCACGACCUGCACUGCUCCACAAAGUCGUGAAAAAGGCUGCAAAUCAAAUACAAAAAAGUCACUAGUCCAGAAAACACCAACACCAAAAUAGGCUUAAGACUUUAAGCGUCUCACGACGCGAAUUAAUAAUUGCGUAUAUGCAUCGGACAUAAAAUUGUGCAUUUUUUUAAUUCAUCGUUUUCUGCAAGGUUACAAUGCCUCCAAUAAGUCAUCCGGAAUCAUUUCGUUGAUUCGUCGGGUGUUUUUCCAGGGUGCGUGUUAAUUCCAUAGACGAGUGCCCAAUGUUAUUACACGGACAACAAUAACAUAAUUAAUUAUUAUUGUGAAAUAGGCUUUCUCUACAAACAGUUCAGUUUUCUAAUUCUUGUGACAAAAUGCGGGAAGGACGAAAGAAAAUAAAUAAAAUAUAACAUAAUAUUGUUUCUUAUUAUAACUAACUGAUUGAAUCGGAACACAAAACUAGUUCAGUCUUUGCCCAAAAAUAUACAGGAAGAGUGGGAGAAAAGUGAAAUCACAUAAAAUACACAGAGCAGCCAAGUGGAGGAAUUGAGGAAAGCCGGAAAUGAAUAUGCAAAAAAGGUAGAAGGGAUAUGAAAAAUGCAAAUAGCCAAAUCGAGUUCAAUAAGAAUUGCAGCUAACCCGACCCUAUUUACACAAUUCGACAUGCAUGGCAGUGGGUCAUGCAGCUGGAGCCAAAAUCCGAAUACCAAUGCGACUCACUCUGCAGAUUGCUAAUUGUGGCUGACUGCAAACCGGAGGAGGCAAGGACAUCCCAUUGGUGGAAUGUAAAAAAUGCAUUAAGUGCAACCGCAAAACAGAGUCAAAAGAAAAAACCAAUCAAGUGGCGAAAAUAAAAGGAAAUUGCACAUACGGAGCAACCAAAAAACAAAGAGACAACAGAACGAGUUAGGGAAUACAAAAAUUGAUUUUUGCGGUCUGCAAAACGGAUAUUGAUCGCGUAUGACAUUAAAUCGUAUUUGAAGUACGGCGUGCUGUUCAAUUAUUAACUGAUUUUUCAAUAAACAAAUACAAUUGCGGGCAAUACAAUAAAACAGAAUGCAACGGUCAGCGAUUAAACUGCGACGACUUCUCGUCAUUGCCGCUGUUUAUUUAGCCAGUUUGCCAGGACUCGCUGCGGGGCUGCGCAAUGUCAACGUUCGCAUACCGUCCGCCGUCAAGCGCGGCGAUAAUGCGCUCUUAAUCUGCAAUUAUGACAUCGAGAACGAUACGCUUUAUUCAGUGAAGUGGUACCGGGGACGGCGGGAGUUCUAUCGCUACACGCCAAAGGAAAAUCCUGCUUGGAAGACGUUCAGGAAAAUAAACGAAAUAGACGUAGAGACCACUCAAUCGAAUGCCAGUCAUGUUUUCUUGCGAAAUGUCCCCACCUCCAUUUCGGGCAAGUUUGCCUGCGAGGUUUCCGCCGAUGCCCCCGGCUUUGACACUUACAUCGUGGCCGCUGACAUGGAGGUGGUGGAGUUACCCACCCAACGACCGAUUAUCACCGGCAUUCAUUCCCGCUACCGAUUGGGCGACGUGGUGAACGGCAACUGCUCAUCGGACUACUCCAAGCCAGCGGCUAACCUCACUUGGUGGAUCAACGAUAUACAGGUGCCUCCAAAUUACCUACGGAUCUACGACAUCCAGCGUCAUCUGGCCGAGCAUCUCGAGUCGGCUGUCUUGGAGAUCAACUUUGUGGUAACCGUGCAUCACUUCAUUAAGAGCCGCAUGAAGCUCAAAUGCUCGGCUCGCAUACACGAUAUCUAUGCUCAGGAGACCGAAAAAAUGAUUGAAGAGGAUCGUCCCAGGAUACUGGCUUCAGGACGUUCGCCCGACAUUAAUAUGUACCCCUUCGAUCAGCCCGGCGACGUAGAUGAACACAACGAACUUUUUCUGAUCCAUUCAAAUGUGGCUGCUGCACGCGUCUCUAGCCCGACCCUGCUCCAGCUCCUCUGGUCUGGUCUAUGCCUUGUAGGGGCCUGGGGGAAUCUGAACAGGAACUUGGAGCGGUGAUAAGCUGGCCACUGGCAGGAGAUAAGGACUUCAGGAGGAACUCCCCAGGGAAAACCCUGCCCGAGCUCACCAAUUAUGGAACCCAAAAUUAGAAAAUCACAUAGCAAAUCAACAGUGAAAGGUCCUCAGCAUACCGGAUAUACCUACUCAUGUACACCCAUACCUAUAUUAAGUACGUAUCUGUUAAGACGAAUGCAUCCCCUAAAAGACUCGAGGACUACUCGAACCCUGUCAAGUGUAAAUAAACAUAGAGCGCAUCCUUUCACAUAUUCACAUCGUCAGACAUAUAUCUUUACUCUCUAAGCAGAAUUCGAAAUGUUUGCUUUCAUUGGGUUCGUCAAGGAUUUAUUGUUAAGAUUGUGGUUUCUAGGCAGAUUCGUUACUCUGUUCAUCUGUGUCUGUUUCAAAAACUGUACAACUAUUUAGCCGUAGCAUUAACCUUAGUGUGACCUUAAGUUGAGAGUGUGUGUACUGAAGAGCUACUGCAAAAGCCAAAUAAAGAUUGUUUUAUUUGAUCACUA